UUCGCAAUUUAGCAUAGUCCGUAAGCUCAGUAAAAUAAUUACUUUUUUCGCUAAUUUGUGAUAUUUUUUUUGAUUUCCUAGCAAUGUCAAAGUUAGUUAUCACCGAGGAUGAUGUUGCUAUUGGGUAUUCAUCAGAACAAGAUGACGAUUCAGACGCGGAGCUAGAACCAAAAAGCAUUGUGUCUGUCAAGGAUCCCACUGAGAUCUAUAUCGGCAACACCGGAAAGGUUUCUCCGGGUAAAUUUUUCAAUCUCUUCCUACAGUACGGAGUUGUACGUAGUAUGACUAUUUGGCGCACACACAACCAUUUGUAUCAUGCUCGAUUAAACUAUCAUAAACCUUCUUGUGCUAAGAAAGCCGCCGAAGAGCAAAAUAAUAAACUCUAUAAUGGGAAGCGACUUCGCGUAUCGCUGCUAACGGAGAAAACCGUACUACAAUUUCCAGCGGCGUUUCGGAUUGAUGAUCUCUGUACCGAAUGUACCGAAGAAGACAUAUACGAUCAUUUUGCACAAUGUGGAACAAUUGUUUUCGUUGUUAAGACGGGAUUCUCUGCUUACAUACAAAUGAGUUGCACUCGGGAUGCUAUCCUUGCAACAGAACUAGAGAUGAUUUUGAACGGCGAUCCGUACACUUUAAGUAGAAUUUUCGUUGAUGAUCGUGAGGACCAUGUUCAGGUGCUAGAAGACAUGAAGCGAAUUAGGCAUCGUAAGCCGUUCUUGAUAGUCGAGAACUUCCCCGCGCUGGAGAAGGGAACCUCAUUGAGUCAGUACAAAGCCUUCUUCGACGCGGUGGCAAGAAUUCAACAUUUUAAAAUUGCUCCAACUGGCAACGAAACGGUUACGCUGGCACUUUGUGUUGCAAAAUCCGAGGACCGUCAUUUGCUGCUCGACAAAUUCGACGGAUUGCUGCACAAAGAUAAGAAACUCAAACUCUAUUCCACGGGAGCGCGCGCUACAAUGAGCAUUGACCAUGCGAUGCAGUUUGCCAGCAAUAAAAGUUCGAUUGUGGUGACCGGUAUUCCGCCCUACUACAAAGAUUAUGACGUCUUUAAGCUGUUUUGGAAAUGCGGGGAAAUCAAUUUUCUUGAAAAAUUUAAUGAAAAGUGGCUCAUUUGUUUCGAGAAUGCUUCCGCGGUUUCGCUGAGUAACUUUUAUCAGUUUAUCAUAAAUAAGAAACGUUUACUAGUUGAAAGUCUUACACCAGCCACUAUUCCCGCACAAACGACGAUUAAACUGGAAAAAUGCGAAGAGGAGCAACCUAAACCUAAAGAGCCGAGACCUGUUUACCGUUUUGGUCGAGUCGAUGAGUUUAUAAUAAAAAAGAUGCAAUCUAUUGACCAAGUUAUCAAACAGAACACUUCAGAAACGGUGCAUCCCGUAAGUGCUAGUCAAUCAAUCGAAAGUGUCAAAUACCCAGUUCCCGCCCCGAAACAUUCCAUUGUGAAGCCGAAUGUUUCCCGCGUGGUGCCUUCAUUCGCACCGGCUAUUGACGAAACCGAGGAGGAGUGUGAUACCGACGAUGAUUACAAUGAAACAGAUGGAAUUUUGACACCACAAGACGAAAGAACAGUGUACAUCGGCAAUUUGCCGAAAGGCGUCACCGAAAACGAUCUUCGCGAGUUGUUCAAGGGCAAACGCAUUCAAUCUCUGACGUUAUCGUGCAACAGGGACUCAUUUUAUCCAACGGCUUCAGCGAGCAUCACCUUCAGUACCAGGGAAGAGGCCGCCCAAGCUAUUGCCCACAAUCACGAUUGCUAUCGCAACAAACGCGUGAUGAUCGUACCUGCACGAGGGGCAGGAACUUACAGUUGUAAACGAUCAGUUAUGGUGAAGAACUUGACGACGAGGAUUAACGAAGAAGGUUUACUGGUAGAAAUUGAUAAGGUGUUCGGUCGUGAUAGCGUUGUAGAUUUGGUCAAACCUGCCCAUUACUACGCAUACGUUGAGCUCAACAUAACUUCGAAUGUGUAUGGAAAGGUCGAACAAUUGCGAGAAGUCUUCACUCUGCACCAAAUAGACGUAUAUCCGUUGCACGCUUCAGUUCCAAAACAUUGCAUGACACCCAAGUUGAUGCCUUUUGAAGUAGUACGAACCCGGAAUGGUUUGAAACCCGCAAGUGAAAACGAUCACAACGACCGUCACUUUGGGCCACACAAUGCACAUAAAUUGUUUGUUGGCAAUAUACCACGGGAUGCAACGGCCGAGGAUGUCAUCGACUAUUUCAACAAUUUUGGCAAAGUGGUCGAUUACGCACCAAUCGAGAAAAAAAGUUGCUAUUUGCGAAAAUCAGCAAUAUUAAGUUUCAUCAAUAGCAACCACGCGCAAAAUGCCUACCAACUGAACCACUUUUUCGAAGGUUCCCUGCUGGAGCUGCAUCCGAUGGAUAGCCCCCCUUGGGACUACCUGCCAGAUGUGGGAAUAAUAACCGUAAAGUCGCACAGUCCGUUUUUAACCAAUGACGAAGUACGGCAAGCUUUUCGCAAACGCGUGCGUUCGGCUCAGUUCCGCUUUCUACGGUUUGAUGCAUUCGAUGACCGAGCCAACUUAAUAGUAAAGUACACACGAUCCAACAGGAACGUAUUUGAUGUCCUUGCCAGUAUAAACACGAUUAGUGAUGAGGCAGUGUUAAUUGUUGAUGGUUUGGAUCUGUCACAUCCAACUGGGGCAGAAGCGCCGGAAAGUAGAAAAAUUUCGAAAUCCCGUAGCCGUCGGAACAAAGAAAAAUUUCUUAGCUAUGUCGUAUACAAGGAGAAUCUCAAAGAAGACAUGGAAAUGAAAACUAAAUCAAUCAGCGAGGAAGCCGCUCCGAUCAAGCGAUUCUACAACGACAAAGCGAUACAAAUCAAUAACGUACCCAUGGAUGCCACCGUGCAGGACCUGCGCAAUCUAUUCGCGAAAUGCGGCGAUAUUACGGAUUACGAAGCUAUAGUUCUGCGCGAAGAUCGAAGUAAAAUCUGCUUUGUAACGUUCGAUGUCGAUCUCGGUGCCGACUUAGCGUGCACGUAUAAUCAGCGUUCGCUCCACGGAAAGCGAUUACUGAUACACCUGGCAAAAGAAACCAUCCGAGUGGAACGGAACAAUUCGAUACUGAUUGAACAGCUCAACCAGGAAACAUCGAACGAGCAUAUCUACAAUGCUCUAAGCGGCCUCGGAGGGAUAAAGUACAUACAAAAGAUGUCACCUUAUACGGCGAUUGUCUGCUUUACGGAUAAGGACACUGCCACGGAGUCUCUGAAAAUUCGUUCGAUCGAAGAUUCCAACAGACUGAUCAUAAAUCUAUGCUAUGCCGAGUAUGACGCCCGAUUCUUCCAAAAUUUUACGUUAGCAAAGGAAAAUAUUUCCGAGGACGUUCUGCGAAAAGCCCUAACACCUCGGAUAAGACCGGAAUACCAUCAAUCGAUGAUUGAGCGCCAAACGCUUGACGAGCUUUCAGACAGUGACCGAUUGCAGCUUUCCAAUGCAAUUUUGCUAGCCCAACAGAACAUCCCUGGGUUCCAAAAUAUGUCCAUUCCCGAGCAGAUUAACGCACUGAAUGCAGUUUCCAACGCUUUCCCGCACAGACAAAGCUACGUUAAUUUAAAUCAACAUCAAAAGGAAAACUUACUCAAAAUCACAAGGUCACUUCAACCUCAACCUGCUCUGAACGUUAACCAAACGGUGGGCGUGCCCCCGCCAGCCAAGCAAAUCCGACUAAAUCCACCACCUAAUCUAUUUCCUGCAAUCCAACCCUCUGCUUCACCUUCCGGCAUGGCAAUGAACGCCCGACACGUAGCGCAAAUACUUCCGUCUUCUGGGCUACUGAUGCAAAGUGGACCGCUGCAGGCACCCGCACUAGCAAGCGUUCUUCCAUCAUGUCCUCCCCCAAUGGUUCCGCCCGUAAUGGUACCUCCCGUAGUGGUUCCUCCCGUUUACCAGCGUAUGCCAGCACCAGCACCAGCAGCAGCACAGAUGGGAAAUCAACCUUUUCGCGGACCGCGUCCCAGUGCCCAGUGGGUUCAACAGGUUGCUUCGAUGGCAUACAAUGCGACGAUACCGCCAGGCCCGAUGAUUCGAAAACCGUAUCCUGGUUAGAAGGCUCGUAUUCUCUGUAUGGACUGAGUUGUGAUGUGAAUCGAAUUAGCCGAUAGGACAAUGUAUUAUGCAGACUUCGUCUCUGUUCUUAGGCUAAUGAGAGAAAAAAUAAAAGCGAUGAGAGAUUUUC